AUGUAUAAAACAUUUACGUCAUACAAAAAGCACAUUCAUCGGCAUCAUGAAAAUUUACUUCAUCCAGUAUGUCAACAACAAGAAAAUACCGUUAUUAAUGAUAUGAAUACAUUAGCAAUUCAGCAACCUGAUGCAACAGUUAUAUAUCCAGAUACAGCUGAUAAUAAUCAUGACAAUGUUAUAUAUGCAGAUUUUGAUGACGAUCUUGAUAAUCAAUGGAACACUCUAACAACAAAUAUUUCUAGUAAAGAUGAAAAAAUAAAUCUUCUUACAGUUCAACAACAAUUCAUCCGAUUUUUACUUGAAAUGAGAGAAAAACACAUUUUGCCUCAAACAGUGAUCCAAUCCAUUACAACACAUAUAAUCAAUUUACUAGAUAGCGUAGUUGAGCUUGUAGAAGAACAAGCAAAACAAGAAAAUAUGACUCAACAACAAUCAACAACAACUAUUUCUGUUGAUGGAAUGCGCAAAACAGUAAAGCAGAUAGAACAAUCAAUUAUUCUCUCAACUCGAAAUGAAUAUCAAUUUAUACAAUCUUGUCAAAAGUUUUUCAAUUAUUCACCACCUAUAGAAAAUGUUUUAUCAUCAAAUCCUUUGAAAAAAGAAUAUUCAUAUCAUAUACCUAUACGAAACACUUUAGAGAAAAUUUUACAAAAAGAUGAAAUGAUACCACUUCUAAUUGAUAAUAUUCAACAUCAAACUUCAAUAACACAUAAUGAUCCAGAUUUAAUGUUUUCAAGACGGGACGGUAUUAAAGGUAAAAUAUUUAAAAAUCAAUCAUUUUUAAUUCAAUUAUAUGUCGAUGGCAUUGGUGUCACAAAUCCGAUAGGUCCGAAGAAGGACCAACACAAAUUGACACUUGUAUACUUCAUGUUAGAAGAUAUACCGAAUAUCUUUCGAUCUACGUUACAAUGUAUUAAUCUUGCAGCUAUUUGUUACACAAAAAACCUGAAUAAUGAUGAAAAACUUAGAAAAUUUUAUGAUCCGAUUGUAAAUGAUUUGAAUGAUUUGCAAUCUACUGGUUUAAUAUUUGAUACAUUUAACAGUCAAUUACAUUUUACAUUUACGACAAUUGCUGCUGAUAAUUUAGCAGCACAUGAAAUCGCUGGUAUGCAACAAACAUUCAGUUCCGGAUAUUUUUGUAGGAGAUGUUUAAUAACCUAUGAAAAUCGACUUAUACCAUUAACCGAUAUUCACUUCAUUCAACGAACACAUCUUCAACAUACAAAAUGUUUACAAUUACUUGAAAAUAAUCCACACAUAAAAUCAAUGUAUGGUGUUAUUGGUCCAAGUCCACUUGAUAAUUUAAUAAAUUUUGACACAACUGCUUCUCUUCCGGGAGAUGUGAUGCACGAUUAUUUCGAAGGUGUAUGCCCGAUCAUUAUCAUGGCGAUGUUAAAGGAAGCAUCAAAUUUAAAGCUGAUUACUUUUGCUGCUAUUCAGGAGAGAACAGAAAAUUUUUCUUAUGGUGAAUUAGAUGCAUCGAAUAAACCUCCUUCUAUACAAGUUAAACAUCUAAACAAUGAUCGUAUUACUGGAAGUGCAGCUCAAAAAUUCUAAAGAGAAAAGUUAUUUUCGUCGAAAACAAACGAAAAACCAACAUCAUCAUCAACACCAAAUGAUACAGCAUUAUUAAUUAUAGAUGAAAAUCAACAAGAUGAUGAACAUGAAAAUCAAUCAGCAGAAGCAUCAAUAAAUGUAUCAUCUAUCGAAACUAUUAUUACAACUGAAAAUUUAACAGAAAAAUCUCUUCCAGAUCCUUAUUUAUUACCAGUGUUACCGAGUCAAGUCAACGAUGCAAUUAAUCUUAAACAAAUGGAAAAAUUUGAAAAACUUUGCAACUUUCGUUCAAUUAUUAUAGAUGCUGUUUUUCAUGAUUUGAAAACAAAUUAUGGUUUGAUAUAUCCGACACGAGAACAAUAUACAACAAUUGUUAAUGGAAUACUUAAUCAUUUGAAGAUUGAACGUGAUCCAAAAACAUCUACAUCAAUCAUUCAAGAUACACCUAAUGAAAUACAACAAAUGGAAGAAAAAGCUGAAACACUUAAAACAAAUUUUCAAAAUAAAUCAAUUGAUGAUCAACAUUAUCAACGGUUGUGGCUUGAAACUUUUGAUUAUCGACAAAAUUUUAUCAAGGAAAACACAACUGCAGAUAUUAUGGAACGUUUUCCUGUUUAUUCAAAUCCAUCUAUGAUAUUGACAGAUGUUAAAUUAUUAACAGGUUUAGAUUUGGAUCAUUCUGUUAAAGAAAAAAUGAAUUUGCUUUCUAAUAAAAUUUGUUCUAAUGAUAAAUUUUUAACAGAUGAUCCAAUUGUUCGUUGUUUUAAAAAACCAGUUACUCCUCAACCAACAAUGGUAAUUGAGGAAAACGAUAUUAAAAUCUACGUGGAUUGGACCUUCAUUUGCUCAUCGAAUUCUAUGGAACAAUCUUUGGCUUUAGUUGUUGGUUUAUAUUGUUUGAUGAAUCUUACGUUUCCAACGUAUCGUACUGUUGUUAGAUUUUUAUAUGUUUAUUUCAUGAAUGAUAAGCAACAACAAUCAAAUGUCAUUCGAAAAUUUUGUAAAGUAUACAACAUUCAACUUCAAGAUAAUCCUUCAUCAUCAAAUGCUGCAUUACUGGAAGAAACAAAAAUUAAUGAUACGUAUUUAAAUGAUAGACGUGAAAACAAUGAAGAACAAAAUAUAUCUUUUGAACUUCAAACGACAACAUCAGUUCAACCAACAUCGAUGGAAUCAACAUCACAUGAAUCAACAUCAAUUGAUUCAAUAUCAACUGAGUCAAUAUCAACAGAAUCAAUAUCAAUGGAACCAAUAUCAAUAGAAUCAACGUCAACAGAAUCAACAUCAAUGGAACCAAUACCAACUGAACCAAAACGAAUUGAACCAACAACAUGUGAAAAACCAACAGCAUUUCAACAACAAUCAAAUCGUAAACGCAAAGCAGAAGAAAAACAUGAUUAUGAGCAACUGUCUCUGGAGAUUGAUGCAUCGGAACAAAAAAUAACGAGAAAUCUCCGACCAAAACGACACAGACAAUAA